GCGGGUGGGGUACCUCCUGGUAGCUCCCGGACGGUCGGAGCAAUUUCGAUUUGCGGCCCUGCAGCGUUUGCGUUUCUUGCAUUCUGAGCUGCUGGACUUGGCCGACGGUGUACCAGAGGGUCCUCCUGUGGCAGUGGGAGCGCCCCUGGUACCCUCCCGAGCGGGGGAGGAGCUUCCAUCAGAGGAGGCACGCGCCUUGGCAGAGGCGAGUUCAAAGGCCGGCCCCCUGGCACCCCCUGCAGGGCUCAAGGCUGGCAUUGAGGAGAAGAAAGAGUCACCCAUAGAAGGAGUUGAGAGAGAGGGCGCUGCAGAGGCAUCAUCGGAGCUGAAGGCACAGGGGAAAGAGGCAGACCAUAAGAAAGACAAAAAGUCCAAGAAGAGCGAAAAGAAAAAGAACAAGGACAAGAAAAAGAGGCGAGAAAAAUCGCCUAGUGAAAAGAAGGCAGAUAGAGCGUCACGGUCGGAGGCUGGCGUUAAAGAGGAAGAGCCAGACUACUCUGACGGUACGGGCUUAGACGCCCCUCACAAAAGCCCUAGUCCAAAGUCAGAGCCCAAGGAGAAGAGACCCAGUCCGAGUUCAAGGCAAGCAGAAAAAACUCCCGAGAGAGGGAGUCGCCGGGAAAAGAGUUCCCCAGAAAGGACUGAGAGGAGGAAGGUCGUUUCUCCUGAGCGGAGGAGAUCUAAGAGGGAAGAAUCUCCCGAGAGAGGGAGGAGAAGAGAAGGCAGGGAGUCUCCUGAGAGUGAGAGAGCAAGAAGAGAAGGAAAGGCAUCUAGAAGGUCAGAGAGGGACGGUAGCCGGGCUCCUGAGAGGAGGGAGCGUGAGUCUCCAGGGCCAAAGCGAGAAGACAGGCCGAGGAGACGUGCAGAGGAGACGCCUUCACCCCGAAGAGAUCGCAGGGAGAGGGCAAGGUCUAGUGGCCACCAUAGACGCUCUGGAGGGCACUUGCCUCCUCCUGAGCCGGCAGUGCCACCAAGGCAAAAAGCUCCUGCAGGUCCACCUCCUGGUGAGUUUGGUGGCCCCUCGCCUUUUUGGGGACCAAGGCCAACUUGGGAGCAAAAGUCCAAGGGCAGGAGACGGCCAGCAUCAAGUGUUGAAGACCCUCCCGGUCGUGGGAGGAGAAGGGAAGACAUUGCGGAGCUCUACACAAAGGGGGAGCCUAUCGAUUCUCAUCUGGCUCCGCUUACGCUGCUGGAAAGGGGUCAUUGGCUGGUGUCUGAAAAAAGCACUUAUUUUGAAGAGGAGUGCAAGUGGGCUGGAAAGGUGGUUAGGGUCACUUUGGAAGGCGGUGAGGCUGAAGUUCAAGUGCAGUUGACAGGGACCCAGUGUGAGUCUCUUUUGAAGUAUGCUUCAGGUCAAAACCCUGCCGUGAUCCGGGCUCACCUUUGUAAGCCGGGCUGUGACCAGAAACGGGUUAACCCGGACUUAGUGCACCUCAGGUCUUUCAGGAGGUUGGAGGACGCUGCUGAGAAGUCGUGGGAAGUCAAUUUGGUUUCCGUCGACGAGAACGAGCCCCUGAGAAGAGCAGAGGAAGCAUGGAGCAGGAGGCAAAACGAAGGAGACGCGAGGAAAGAGGCUUCGUCGGUGUCAUCAAGCAGUCGAAAAAAGAAAAAGAAGAAGAAAAAAGAGAAGAAAAAAGCAGGCGAGGAGAAGGCCAAAAAAGAAUUGAAGGUUGGGGGCAAGGCUCUGGCAAAGAAAGAGCUGAAGGCUCUUUACCAAGGAACGGGCCUAGAUCCCGAUGUGGCGACGAGAAGGAAAGUGGUAAAGAAAGUGAAAAGGAGGUUGAAAAAAGCGAGGCCCUCGUCCAGUUCGAGCAGCAGCGGGUCGUCUACAAGCUCAGCCCAAGGGUUGGAGGACGAGAUCUUGGAAGACAGGUCCAAGAUCCAACGUAUAGCAGUGGCUGGGCCAGGGAUUCUGGCCGCGGCAGCGGUACAGAAUAUGAAACAGUUUGUGAUGCAGAGCGGUGGUUCAACGUGGGCCAUCGACGAGGACAGUCUGCCCCCUGUGAUGGGGCAAUAUGCCCGGCAGCACCUAGCUCACAGGACUUCAGGCGGCAUCCUGCGGGAGGUCAUGUCGUUGAGUUUUGUGGGGGACCUCCUCUUGCAAGGACGCGCAGCGGAAGCUCUCGAUGGAGUAGCCCAGCGAUUAAAAGGGCUGGAGCUCCUGAUCAGCGGGCAGCCGUGGGCUACGGCCCAACGUGUGGAGAUUACACCCCCACUGGAAGCAGCUAUCUCCAGCCGUGCGGAGAUCCAAGUUGCGAUGCGGGAAUCGAAACUCGACUCGCAAGCCCGGGGGGGUCAAAGCUCCUGGGAGAAGGGGCGUGGAAAAAGCAAGAGCAAAGACAAAGACAAAGGGAAAAAAGCAAAGGGCGAGAGGAGAAGAAACAGGAAGAAAGAAAGGGAGACUCUCUCCUGCGGAAAAGUCCCGGAAGAUGCCAAAGAGGAGAAGAAGAAGGGAUUGGGCUCAGACUAUGACGCAUGGUCGCCUCGAAGAAAAAAGGAAGCCUUCGCCGAUGGGAAGAGUGACUCUGGUGGAGUUGGAAAGUCCCUAGUGUUGGCUCUGAAUUCUUUGAAUGGUGAGGGACUUGUGGCUAGUGGUGCACCUUCUCGUUUUCAACAAAGGAUCCUUGCUAAUUUGCUGAUUGAUUGUCGCAGAGUGGCGGCGUGGAACGAGCGGUCUCCUCCUGUCACGUGGGAGGAGUUCUUUAAAGUUAGAGGGAUCGACUAUAGAGGAGAGGAAGUGCUAACUGCUCAGCCCAUUAGGACGGGAUUAGGAUCCCAACUGGAAAUACGAAAGGACCGAACUUUCUCUGUGGGAAAUCCGCUCUUCCGGAUUUACCUUGACAACUUCGAUGAACUGCAGCGGGUCUCAAAAGGGAUGGCCGCAGCAUUGUCCGGUGCGGUAUCGCCACUGGUUUCCAGCCUCAGGGAAGAAUACACUCUGUUGGGCGUGCCCAGGCACCCAAAGAAAGCGGUUGCAUCGCAGCUGCAAGCUGAGGUACAAGGUGCUUAUUUUGAUGGCGAAGAGGGUUUGGCUUUCCCUAAGCCUGAGAAAGUCAUGCGCUAUGCCUUGCUUACCGCUCGUCUUUUGGAGUCACAGGAGUGCACCCAAAAGCAAGCCCAAGUCGUGGGAGGAGGAGGUGUGACAGCAUCCUCCCGUGUAACACCGGCUGGAAGCAUUGCUGCCCAGUGCAGCAUUCGAGGAGACGUCGUGGAGCCGAUUGAUAUAACUCAGGUCCUCACCGUAGGACUCUUUGACGGAAUUGCCGCAGUGCGGGUUGCCGCCGACACCCUGGGAUGGAAUGUCGUGGGGCAUGUAGGGGUGGAGAAAGAUGAUCGUGCGGCCCGGGUCGUGGAGUCUCGUUUUCCAAACACAAUCAGGGUGAAGGACAUUGCCGAUGUGGACGAAGCUAUGGUUCAAGAGUGGGCCUUGAGAUUUUCACAAGCUGGGUUGAUCCUCAUAGGCGCGGGUCCCCCGUGCCAGGGGGUGAGUGGCUUGAAUGCUUCUCGAAAAGGGGCAAUGAAGGAUGCUCGUAGCUGCCUGUUUGUGCACGUCCCAAGGAUCAGAGAACUGGUGAAAAAGGCCUUCCCGUGGGCACAAGUGCGCACGCUCAUGGAAUCGGUAGGGUCAAUGGAUGUGUCUGAUCGGGAUGUUAUGUCUCAAAGCUUUGGUGAGGACCCGUGGGCAAUUGACGCACUAGGAGUUUCCCUCGCUAGGCGGCCUCGUCUCUAUUGGAUGGACUGGGAGUUAGCUGGUAGUGAAGGAGCCUUGCUCAGUCGACUCUCUCAACCCCGUGCAGUUCAGCUGGAGGAGGAGGCGGCGGGUGAGGAGGCGGAGGAGGCAGAGGAGGCGGAGGAGGAGGAGGA